AUGCUCACCUUCCCUGAGACACUAUGCGUUAUAUCUUCACAAGAAGGCGCGCAAUCAGUGAAGAAACGAGCACGAUCAUGUUCCGCAAGGAAAUGGCGCUAUGAUGGUGUACUUCCAAGCCCACUGCUGUUUCGAGGGGAUAGUGAUGAUGAGCCAAAUCUGCACACGCCCUUCACGCGGCUGUCAUCAUGUAGAUCAUCUAUGUCAUCAGCAUCAUUUGGUCUGAAUCGGUAUUUUGCAUCGAAGAACACACAUCUUACCUCGGGUUCCGCUCCAGGAGUCGGUUUUCUGUCUGAGUUAGGAGGUUCACCAGUUCGACCACUUGAUGGUAGUUUAAGUCCUGUGGAAGAACAUUCGGGAUUCAUCUUACCUCCGAUCAACAGCUCUUCGAUUAUGACGUCAUCGAUGGUAGAUUAUUUUCAUGUGGCAGCUUACGACAAUCUCUCUGAAAGUGAAAGUCUCCCAGCAGCUCGGAUAAGA